AUGUCAAAGGUAUUAUUGUUGCUUUGUUUUCUAGCGGAGCUUCUGCUCCUUGCUCAGGCACAUGAACAUCACAAGAUUGGAUUUUAUGAACUCAAGAGAGGAAAUUUCAUGCUGAAUUUCACAAACUAUGGUGCUACAAUUAUCUCUGUUAUAACCCCUGACAAACACGGGAAUUUAGCUGAUAUUGUUCUUGGCUACGAUUCCAUUCAUUCUUACGAGAAUGAUACAUGCUACUUCGGUGCCCUUAUUGGACGUGUGGCAAAUAGGAUUGGAGGAGCUAAGUUCACUUUGGAUGGCAAAACCUACAAAUUGUCCGCAAAUGAUCACGGGAACACACUCCAUGGUGGUAUCAGAGGCUUCAGUGAUGUUGUUUGGUCAGUGAAAUCCCACAAAGAGGACAGUCAUAUAACAUUUACCUACAACAGUUUUGAAAACGAAGAAGGAUUUCCUGGGAAACUUAAGGUUUCUGUGACUUACAUGUUCAUUGGAACAAACAAAUUGGGUGUGAAAAUGAUUGCCAAGCCGGUAGACAAAGCCACACCAGUGAAUCUAGCUCAACAUUCAUACUGGAACCUUAGGGGCCACAACAGUGGUGACAUUCUUUCUCACAUUGUUCAGAUAUUUGGCUCACACAUCACACCAGUGGACAAGGAACUCAUUCCCACUGGCCAAAUCCAACCUGUGAAGGGCACCCCAUAUGAUUUUCUUGAACCAAAAGAAGUUGGAAGCCAGAUUCAUGAGCUUCCUGGUCUAUAUGACAUGAACUAUGUGCUUGACAAAAGAAGCAAAGAGCACUUAAGUAAGGUCGUUGUGGUGAGAGAUCCUGUCUCUGGGAGAAAUUUGGAGCUGUGGUCAAACCAAGUUGGUCUACAGUUCUAUACUAGUGUCAUGUUGAAAGAUAUCAAAGGCAAGGAUGGAGCCAUAUACCACAAGCAUGCAGGCAUUGUCAUGGAGACACAGGGUUUCCCAGAUUCUGUGAACCACCCCAACUUUCCAUCACAGGUUGUGAAUCCUGGGGAGAUUUACAAGCACUAUAUGCUUUACAGAUUCACAGCUAGCUAA